AUGGACAUUCUCGAAUUAAUCCAUACUGAGGGCCAUCAACAUGAUUCGAGACCUUUCCGCUGUGCCUGGGACAACUGUGGCAAAGCGUUCUCACGCCGAUCUGAUCUAGCCCGCCACGGUCGCAUCCAUACUAAUGAGAGACCAUUCGUAUGCAAUGAACCCGGCUGCACAAAGUCAUUUAUUCAACGGUCUGCCCUGACAGUGCACCAACGCACUCACUCUGGCGAGCGACCUCAUAUGUGCGAGCAGCCUGAAUGCCAGAAGCGCUUCAGUGAUAGCAGUUCACUUGCGCGUCACCGUCGCAUUCACACUGGCAAGCGACCCUAUAAGUGCAAUAUCGAUGGCUGCGGCAAGAGUUUCUGCCGCAAGACCACUUUGACAAAACAUCACCGCAAGGAGCAUGUUAUGAUGCGCCGCCCUGCUGUCUGGCGUGGUGAUAUUGUGGGAGCACCCAUGCUUGAGAACGAGAUGGUCCAUGCACACGCGCACGGACAUCCACUCCAGGUUCACAUUCCGGCUUAUCCUCAGAGCAUGUCACCAGUCCACACACCACCUCAUGAGGGUUCGCUCUCUCCUAUCUCGCCACUCUCGCCUAUGACCCCUAUGACCCCAAUGGCCUCAAUGAACUUGAAUCCCAUGGAUCCGCUUGCACAGUUGCAUCCAAUGAUUCAGUUGGAGCACACUCACGCCAAGGCUCAACAUCAACAACACCAUAUGCAUCUACCACACCCACACCAACAUCAGCACUCAGGUCAGCCACAGCAUCAUGUUCAAGAACAUCACUACAUUAAACAGGAGGAAUAUGAUCCAUAUCCAGGCCAAAUCUCUGCCAGGCCUCCACACCACCAUCCUCUUCAACCUCCUGAGCUUGGUCCCAAUUACCAGCAUUUCUUGGCCCAUCUGGGUUCCCAUCCAGAUAUGAACGGUGCUCCCACUACAGUUGACUAUCAACGUGUAGCAGCCCCUCCAAGUACUAUCCCCAUGGAUGCCACCACCUUUUACCAAUCCUACUACUAA